UCAGCUUCUCAGUUAGGAAUAAAAGAAUACGUGCCUGCAUAUCUGGGGACAGAGCUAUCAGCCUAUGAUCUUAUAACUGGAGUAAGCUUUGCAUCUGGUGGCUGUGGAUUUGAUCCUCUCACAUCUCAGCUAGUGUCGGUGCUUUCCAUGGACGAUCAGCUAGAUCUGUUCAUCGAAUACAAGGAGAAGGUAAAAGCAAUUGUAGGAGAAAAGAAAGCCGCAUACAUAACAAACAAUUCUGAAUAUCUAGUAGUCACAGGAACAGAUGAUCUGGCAAACACUUACUUCACGACACCAUUUAGGAGGCUUGAGUAUGAUCUCCCCUCCUACAUCAACUUCACAGUUCAAUCAGCUUCAACUUUCAUUCAGGUAUCAGACUUAGACUGAUAUAUAUUCAAAUUUCUUAACUUAACGCACAUAUUUGGUUGCAUGAUUAUGGACUUAUAAAAUAUAAUAUAUAUA